GUGACUAAGCUCUCUCUUUCCCUCCACUCUCUCUCUCUUUUCUUUUCUGCAACGCAUACAACACGACGGCAAAGACAAAACUCCCGUCUGGCACACAAAAAUAUUCCAUCUUCAUUUCCUUUUCUUCUCCCAAUCUCAUAAUCGUUUUACUCCAACCCUAAAUAUUUUCACCCCAAUUUUGAAUUAUGCUUUCUUUCUUGAUCUAGUUUCAGUGUUUUUAUUUUUAUUUUUAUAUUUUUACUGUGAAUUAAAUUUGAUGGGUUGUGCCAGCUCAAAGCUUGAUGACUUGCCGGUGGUUGCUUUUUGCCGGGAGCGGUGCACUUUCCUAGAUGAAGCCAUACACAAACGCUACGCCUUGGCUGAAGCCCACGCUGCUUAUCUUCACUCGCUGAAGGCCGUUGGCGUUUCACUCGAUCGAUUUUUUAAUCAUAAUAUAGACGCUUCCAUUCCGGGACCGUCUUCGCCGGUUCUUAACCUUCCGGCUCAACGGAAGGGUGAACCAUCUGAACCUUCUGGUUCACCACCGGAAAAGAUUCACCACCUUCGCUCUCACUCCGACUCCGGUUCGCAUCUUCACUUUCACUCCGACUCCGAAGAUGAAGAGGAUUCCGGUACGGAAUCGUUACAUCAUUAUGAUGCGCCGACCCCGGUUCCUCCGUACGGUGGUCCCAUUGGUUACAUGCCGGAUUACGAAACUCUUCCGCCGGGCGGAAGGUUUACGAAUAUAAAUUAUAUGAAGAAGCAAACGACGCCGUCUGUUGUGUAUGAGCAACGGCCGAUGAUCCCAGAAACUAUACAUAUAGGUGAAUCUUCUACUUCCUCUUCGUAUCCUCAUCCUUAUGCAAAUAAUAUUCAGAACCCACCUUCGUAUCCUUAUUAUAAUAAUAAUAAUAAUAAUAAUAAUAAUAUUGAUAAUUACGGCAAUUAUCCGAAAAUGGAUGCUGGAGGUGGGAUAUUCGGUUCUUCGUUGCCACCUGCGCAUUACAGCGGCUUUUCAUCUUCGUCUGAUGGGACAGUUGCUGCGUCCAGUUCAAAAGCGCCUCCACCUCCUCCAUCGCCACCAAAGAGUUCGUCCUGGGAUUUUUUUAACCCGUUUGAGUCCUUUGAGAUGCAUAAUCGGCCUUACACUCCGAGCUGGGACUCAAGGGAAGUGAGAGAGGAAGAGGAGAUACCUGAUUUGGAAGAUGAGGAUGAUGAAGACGUGAAGGAAGUUCACGGAAAUCAAAUGUUUGCGGAUAGUGGAAGUAGUUAUUCGAAGGCAGGAACAGCUGGAGCGGCCAACGAGGUGGAGGAUGAAAGGGUGCAGUAUGAUGACAAGUCUCGGUAUAGGGCGAAGGAAAGCGUCGGAACGGACAGUGAUCCAGUUGAGCAUGAAGUUCAUAUGGUGGAUAAGAAGGUGGUUGAAGAUGAGGACAGGUUGAACAAUCGGGGAAAUGUGGCUGGAUUGAAGGCCCGGGGUGGUUUCAAGGUUGAUUCUGAGGUUGUGAAAGAAAUUCAGGUUCAAUUUGAACGAGCUUCAGAGUCUGGAAUUGAGCUUUCUAAGUUGCUUGAGGUCGGAAAGCUUCCCUAUAAACACAAGCAUGAUGGCCGUCAUGGUACUUUUGGGGCAGUUUCUUCCAAGAUAUUGCAGUUGCCAGGGGUAGCGUCACAAACCAUAAAUUCCAGAAGCUCACAGGAUGAAAAUGCUGAUCCUAAUUUAGAUGUUGAUCAAAUUGUGGGUUUGGGCUCCAGAAACAUUUCAUCUACUUUGCAUAAGCUGUACCUUUGGGAGAAGAAACUGUAUGAAGAAGUGAAGGUUGAGGAGAAAAUGAGGGUCCUCCAUAAUACGAAGUCACAUAAACUGAAGCGUUUAGAUGAAAGGGGUGCUGAAGCUCAAAAAAUUGAGGCAACCAGAGCUUUAGUUAGAAGCCUAUCCUCAAAAAUUAGAAUUGCGAUUCAAGUUGUCGAUAAAUUCUCAGUGAAGAUAAACAGUUUGAGGGACGAUGAGUUAUGGCCGCAGCUAAAUGAACUCAUUCAAGGGUUAACCAAGAUGUGGAAAUCCAUGCUUGUGUGCCAUCAUAAUCAAUGUCGAGCAAUUGGAGAAGCCAAAAGGUUAGAUGCCAUUGCCUUACGCAAACACUUCAGUGACGCUCAUUUGGAAGCCACUCGACUGCUUGAACAUGAUCUUAUUAAUUGGACUCUAAGAUUCUCUUAUUGGAUUGGUACCCAAAAGAGUUACAUUCGAGCAUUGAAUAGCUGGCUUACGAAAUGCAUCCAUAAUGUUCCCGAAGAAACACCAGAUGGAAUAGUUCCCUUUUCUCCUGGUAGGAUCGGUGCUCCCCCCGUGUUCGUAAUAUGUUACCAGUGGUCUCAAUCACUGGAGGGAAUUUCUGAGAAAGAAGUAGUUGAUUCAAUGCGAGAUUUUGCCACAAAUGUGCUUCAGCUCUGGGAUCGGGAUAAAUUGGAAAUGAGACAAAGGAUGCUAGUAAACAAGGACGAGAGAAAAGUUAAGGGCCUGGAGAGGGAAGACCAAAAGAUACAAAAGGAAAUUCAGGCAUUAGACAAAAGAACGGUUCUAAUCUCUGGGGAUGACAGUGGUAAGCCAUUAACUGGACGUGUUGUGUAUCAGAGUGAGACCAGCAAAAGUGUUAGUCUUCAGGCAAGUCUGCAACAUGUUUUCAGGGCCAUGGAGAAGUAUGCAGCUGACUCUUUGAAAGUCUAUGAGGAACUGUUACAGCGCACUGAAGAGGACCGUCUUGCUCGAGAGCAUGAACAAGUUUCAUAGUGUUGCCUCUCUCUGGAUGGAAUCUGCACAAUGUUUGUUCGCUGGCCACUUUUAAUAACUAUUUCCUGUUUGCAAUACUAGUAAAAGCUACAGAGGUAUGAGAUUUGGGGUUCGAGAAUUUCUCUCUCCAUGUUAAACUUGUCCAUCAACAUCAUGUAUUUGUGGUGUGGCAAUCAGUUUCUAUCAUCCAAUGAGGGAUGAGAUCUAUUUGUCAUUGAUGCUACUCAUCAAAAAGAGGUUACUGUCGUGGAAGAUGGAACAUUGUUAUAAGAUGCUAAAGUUGCUGAUUUUCUCAGGAGCAGAAGACUGGUAAAUGGGAUGUUGGGGCAAAGGUAGCUCAUUCCUCUUGUUUCUUCGAACUUUGUUCCUAAAGAUCCCUCUCAUUGGUGUUGAAUCUAACCUAAUUAGCAGGUCUCAUGUGACUCUUCCUAUCCCUGGGAAUGGUGGUUGAUGGUUAUUUGCCCAUUGUUAUGCAAAUUUGAGCUAUGUGCUGUAAACGGUUUUACAAGCUUUGCAGGACGCUUUAGAUCCAUAUACUGGCAAUUUAGCCUAAUAUUUUAGUCUAAAAAAGGUUGUAAACAAGGAUGGUGGAAGGUCGAUGGUCGAUGGAUUACUAUAGCCAAAUUGCUAGGAAAAAAUUUCCCCGAUAUUGAUUCAUGAUAGCUACAAUCAAGCAAGAGAAAAAUUUUCAGUUCUGCACCACAGGCGAGGCAAUCCUUCAAUUUUUGCAUUAUAUUUACUUGCUCCGGUGCAAGCAAGGGCUUUUAAUAAGCUCUGAGCGAUACAUGUCAUCAAAGUGCCUAGAAAUAAGGUCAUGCGUAAGUUAAGAGUUAGUUUAUCCAAAUUCUUGUACAGGAUUUACCGUUUGAGACUAGUUAGUUUAUCCAAAUUCUUGUACAGUACUAUUACUGUUUGAGACUAGUGUACUUUGAAUUGGAUGGGAUUGUUCGGAAUCAUUCAAUGACAUUCUUUUGUAAGUCAAGAAAUUGAGAAUGAAUAUGAUUAGGGUAAAUGAGACAAAACGUCUUUUACCUUUCAA